CGAGCGUCUGGAGUCCACUUCCACUUUCAGUUUCUACAAGUCGGCCGACCAGCAAACACGCAUUGCGACUUACGCUUACGCAAUUAACCGCGCCCGCAUGCGUCUGGCUGGCACACUUAAAAAUAUUUCAAAAUUCGAACGCAGAUAAAAAAAUAUUUGCCUAUCUCUUUGCGUCAAAUUUUCGAUAAAGAUUAACAGAUUUUCGCGGCAAUUAAAAACAGUUUUGAAACUUGAUUCGCGCGGGAAUUUCUUUUUUGUGUUAUUUUUUUUUACAUUUGAGUAAUGUGUCAAAGGAUUAAGUGUUUUGUUGUAGUGAGAAACUGUGAUGUGUUUAUUUCGUGAAGUGAACAAGAAAAAGGCACCAUCUGUCGAAAAGGUGGAGGGCGACGCGAGUGCUCGGAGGCGGCAGGGUGCGCGUGCGGCGGCCGUGCCGUGCCACCCGCGCCGCCUGCGCACCACCCGCUGCACGCACUCGAUCAAAUGCCGCCGCCAUUGCUCAGAUCCAACCCUCUAUACACUGAGGAGGAGGAACAAGAGGUAGUCAUUAUCGUGGACUCUUUGGACGAAGUGCCGGAGGGUGAAGCUCCCGAGCCGCCGCGCACUCCACGCCGAGCGCCAUCUACAUCCUCAGGUUACGGCAGUGGCGGCGGCAGUCACGGCAGGGUGUCCCCUAACUUACCAAAGAAUGAGCAGUUCGAACCGCCGGCUCGCCGGUUGUCUGACUCGGACAAGAACGAUGGAUCUCACACCACAUCGGACUCCGAUGCCAGUCCGAUUUGCACGCUCAGCAGGAGUCUCAAAGAAGAUAUCAGGUCCUGUUUAGGAGUUUGUAGAUGGGAGAAAGACGUGAACGAUGUGGUGGAAGCUGCAGUGAGGGGAGCAGGUGGAAUCAGUGCAGCACGAGCUCGGCUCCAUGCAGCACUGCUGGCGCUCCACGAGCCUCCCCCUCGAUUACCCAACAGAGGACCCUCCCUGCCAUACUGCGGGCCAGGAGUCAGACCUGGUGAUGUCACUAUGAUGCCGAAAAACACUGAAAUGUCUUUAUUGGCUGCUAGCGCACUCUUCACGCUAGAUGGCGCUCGGGGCGAAGCCUUAUCUCGUCGUUUAGCCAGGAGUGAACGCAGGCGCCGCCGCUGCAGAGCUGCACUAGCCAUCAUAGCGUUGCUGCUCCUUUUAGCUGCAGUUGGAGCCGUGGAACUCCUCAUGUCGAGAGGGCAAAGAGUCUUCGGAGCUGUACUACGCUAA